AUGUUUUUCGUGUUGUUUACUUGCGUUGAGCCUCAGUUACCAACAAUUCUUAAGUAUUUUAUAUUUUUUCAGGUACUUUAAUGUUACCUUGACAUAAUUUACAAGCAAGAACUUUGUUAUUUACGGUUAGAUGUAACAUCAGUGUAUUCAGUGAUUAAAAACAUACAUCUGUUAUGUGCUUUAAAUAGGUUUUCAGCAUACAAUUAAUGUGCAAAAACGGUGCAAAUUAAGUCAGUAACCCUGUACGCUUUAUAGAAGACUAUGUGCCUGAGAAAGCAAAAUGAGUAAACCACAAGAAAGGGAAGAGUUUGUGCCCCCAGAUGGUGGAUAUGGAUGGGUCGUUGUUUUCGCGAAUAUAUUAAUAAAUUCUUCGUUACUGACACUGGUCCAGUGCUUUGGAAUUAUCUACAAAGAUGAAUUUUCUUCGAUGGGUAUAACAGCAGCUGAGACUUCAUUCCUGCUCCACCUCCACAGUUCUCUUUACUGUUCCUUUGGUUUUUUCGGCAGCCCGUUAUUGAAAACAUAUGGAUUCAGGGUUGUUGCUUUUGCUGGGGCUUCUCUGAUGAUCUUCGGCAUUUUCCUGAGCAGUUUUGCUAACUCGUACGGAUUUCUGAUAUUGUCAAUAUCUAUUUUAAUAGGCUUGGGUCAAGGUAUACUGAUGCCAGCAACUUACCUUGCCACUUACACAUACUUCAAGAAAAGACUGACGGUAGCCAUAAGCCUAUCCGCUACUGGUGCUAGCUUAUUUCUCAUAUUUAUGCCAAAAGUUUGUGAUAUUUUACUGACUCAUGUAAGGCGCAAGUACACCGUACUGAUAUUAUUCACAAUUUCUCUGUUGUCUCUCGUUGGUUGUUAUCUGUUGAAAACCCUAAACACAGGGAGUAAUGAGUCGGACAAGAGCGUGGAACUACUGAAUAAAAAUAAUGGGAAGCUCGAAGAAAACGCAAACGUGAAAGAAGAGGAAAACAAACUGAUGCCAAACUCCAAUCCUGUGUACAGGGACACCACGAUUCCUGCUAAAAAGGAAGAGUCGAUAGCCCAAAAAAUUUAUAGUUUGUUCGAUUUGGAGCUGCUAAAGCAAACGUCUUACGUCUUGGUGGUUAUCGGGCUCGGGAUUUCCUUUGCAGCGGAACUAAACGUAAUUUUGAUGAUGCAGUUCGUUUUACCUGAACUGUCAGGCUUCCUGAGGUCCGAUGUGGCUUUCGUUACGUCUGUCCAGUAUACUACCGACAUCAUCGGUAGGUUGGCUAUACCCCUGGUCUCUCAUUACUUUGAAGUUGCGCCGAAGAUUAUGUACGGUGGAGCUCUGGUUGCAGCAACGGUCGCUAGAACUGUUUUAGCCCUGUGUGGGAAAUCUGGGACGACAGUGUACAUGUGCUGUGCAUUGCUUGGUCUGACGAAAGGAGCCAGAGCUGUUUUUCAGUCGGUCAUCAUUCCGAAAUACGUUCCCCUGGAGAAACUGCCAGCCGCUAACGGUUUGAAUAUGCUCUUUACGGGAGUUGUGUCUUUGAUGGUUGGACCAAUAAUAGGGGCUAUUCACGAUGCAACAAACUCCUACGUCCCUGCCUUGCACACGGCUUCGGCAUUGUCGUGCAUUUGCGUUAUUUUAUGGGUCUCUGAAUUCGUUUUUUCUAAAUGUAAAACUGUCCCCCAUGAUGGUUAGAUUGUAUUGUUUCUUCAAAAUGUUGUUUUCGUUGUUAUCGUAUUUACAGCUCUAUACGAAGAUGCAUAUUUUUGUAGAUAUGUACCGACUGAAUUUUUUUGUAAAGAUACAGAAUGAUAAAUACGCAAUAAUUUUCAUAAAUAAAAUUGUUACAUUUA